AUGGCGGAGCAACAGGAGUCUGCGUGGAUUCCUUCAAGUGGCGACGUGCCGGCGGUGCAGAAGGUGCGUGACGACUACAUGAAGUACUUAUCUGAUGUCUUCACGGAUGAGCUGGUCGAGCUUUAUGAGCUUGACGGAAGCAACGAGGCUGUGAAGCAGCUGACAGCAUGCCUCGAGUGCGGUGUCGCCGUGUAUGGCCACCCAAUCACUGUGGACAACCCGAGCCUCACGUAG